UUUUUUGAAUUAAAAGAUUUCUUUGAAAAAAAACUUAUUUUAUUAUUCGCGCGAUUUUUAAGCUUCUAUAGUUUAUGUCCUAAUCGAUUAUCGAUUGACGGGCAAAUUAUAACAAUAUUACAAUAGAUCCAAAAACGCGAUCUAUUUUUUUUUUCAAUUAUGAUGUCACACCUUCCGUCAUUUCGACCUCGUCCAAUUGGAAUACCUCGCAGAUUUUACCUACCACUCUUUUUCCUCAGAGGCCUUAGUAUAGUACCUGCCACCUAUAGUUUUUUUUCAUGUAUUUCAUAUGCGAAUUAUGUUAAUGAACGUGACGCAGAUGGCUUUUUGGAAUUAAGAAGCACCGAGUUGGAUUACUGGUUAGGUUCCAUAUGGUGUCUUUUGGCCGGUCUUUGGAGUUAUUGGCUUGCGGAUGGUCUCAUGCGCCGAUGGCUCUUUUAUUAUGAAGUCAGCAGCGCGAUAAUCCGUUUAAUUUCAUUACAAGCUAUUAAUUGGGUUAUUACAGCUUUUGUAAUAACACAUUAUGGUCCAGAUGAGCCAAUUUGGGCUUGGAUGAUUUGUAGCGUUGUUUUAGCCGUAUGCAACACAAUUCAAUGGCUCUUUACUUCAACCACGAAAUAUCAGAAAGCUGAUGAACCUGAAAAAAUAAGACAAUUGAUAGUGAGAGAAAUAUUUCGUUAUAUAGUUAUACCUCUUGCAAUAUUUACAUUUAUUACGAUGAUUUUUCUUCUUGAACAGCAAUCAAGAAUCCGUUAUAAUUCCAAUCUUGGACUUACAACUUACAAAUUGAACACUAAUUUGAAUCUUAAUGAUAUUCGUUCAGAUUCAAACGUCAAAGUAAUAAUGAUCGUAUUAUCAUCAUGGACGGAAAGUGGAUAUAAGAAAAGACAAACAUUCCGUGAUACUUCUGCAACAUUAUUUCCUCAAAAUUCAAAGAAAAUUUCAAUAGCUUAUCGGUUUAUUCUAGGAGAUGCUCCAUCAUCUAAAGCACAAAUGAACAUGGGACAAAAACUUCUCGAUGAAUCAAAAAGAUAUGGGGACAUAAUUAUUGUACCUACUUCUGAUUCACAAGAUAAUUUAAGUCGUAAGGUUUAUAAGGGAUUUGAAUGGUCCAAUAAAUAUGCCUUUGAUUAUAUUGUGAAAGCAAACGAUGAUAUAUUCGUACGUAUGGACAUUUUAUCUCACGAAUUGGAAGAAUUAGGUCCUGAUAAAAAAUAUUAUUGGAAAGGUCUUAGUUAUUGGAAUAUUCCGACUCGUAACGCAGAAAUUAAAAAUACAGCUGUUGGUUAUAAACUUCCUGUAUUUCCACCAUUUACAGCAGGAGCAUUUUAUAUAUUAUCACGUGAUAUAAUCUCUCUGCUUGUAACUGAUACACCCCGUCUUUUUAUAAAGAAUGAUGACCAAAAUUUAGGUAUAUGGCUUUUUCCUUACAAUAUUAAGCCAAUUCAUGAUCGACGUAUUCAACAAACUGAUGUUUGCGAAGAUGAUAUGAUUGCCAAACGUUUUGGUGAAGAUUUUGAAGGUGGUCAAAUUAUGAAAGACAUGUAUGAGAAUGUUAUAAAUCACAGAAGGAUGUGUGAAGGAUUUAAACAACGUUUUUGUGCAUUGUGUUAUCCUUGUUGGGGACGAGAAAAUCACUGGAAAGAUUUGAACUUUGAUUGUGAUGAUGUAAAAGGCAUAACUUUACUUAAUCAGACAACUUUGAUCAUUGAUAAUCCUAAAUACCCCGUGUCCGUAUUUGAUGAUCCCAUGAAUGUCACAAUGGGAAGUGAGGAAGAUAGGUGGAUAAUCCCAGGUCUUCUUUCACAGCAUUCUUCAGUAUAUUCUCGGACAAAUCAGUGGUAUUUAUUACAUUGGGUAUGUUGGACAACAGAUCCAUCUACUUUCCAAGAACGUCAUUACAAAGCUAUAGAGCUUAUUUGGGUUCAUACUCCUAAAGCUAUUGUUUUCGUCUUAACAACAACUUUACCACAAGAUUUUUUCUUGGAAUAUCAAAAUCAAGGUUAUAUAAUUCAUGUGAUUAAAUUUAAUAAGGAAUUGAUGUUGGAACGACAAUGGUUUCUUGGCCAGAAUUCCAAAAACUGGCUUAAUGAUUGGAAUAAGUUGGAAAAUAAUCAGUUCUUUUCUUAUCAUUUAACUGAUUAUAUGCGAUAUUUGUUAUUAUAUAAGUACGGUGGUGUUUAUAUGGAUAUUGAUGCUCUUUGGGUACGAGCCCCACCAGAUACAAACAUUGAAUUCAUUGGGUCGGAUUCUUCGAGUAUUUCUUCAGAUUUUGAAUGGACGUUAGAUAAAGAUGGCACAUAUCUUGUGCCCGGAGUUAUGAGGUUUAAAAAAGGUUGGUCUAUGUUUAGAGAGAUAAUGGAACAAGCUUUAUCUCCUAGUUAUUCUCCAUCAUGUUUCAACUGUAUUGGUUCUCGAGCAAUAACAGUUUAUGUUAAAGAAUAUCGAGAAGUUCUUGAAAGACAUGGACUCAUAAUUUUACCUAAUCAUAUUCUUUGCCCACGAAAUUAUAUUCAUAUUGACAAACUUUUGAGAUCUGAUCCAAUUGCUCAAAAAGAAUUUCAAAAAAUAGGAGAAUCAUCCUGGAAUAUACAUUUGUUCGGAAGAUCGACUAACUAUCAAUUUAUUGAAAAUGGCAGUGUAAUUAGUUUAUUAUUAAAGACAUUUUCUUUAGAUGUUCCUCACGCAUCGGCUCCAUUAAUAGCAGGCGGGAAACCAAAUUUUAGUAAUCCAUCAUAUCCAUUCGUCUUGGAAGGACCAAAGAAAUAUCGAUUUGUGUCCUCAACUACAGUAAAAGAAGUGGAUCAAUAUACAGGAUCUUUAAAUGGGCAAUUUCAAGGUUUAAAUUUAAUAUUUAUACGUGGUGGACCUCCAAUAGUAAAUCAAACAACGAUAAAAGCGAAGGCCUUAAAUGGAAAAUUAUCUUUUAAUUUACAUGGUGGAGAUUGGAGUGAAAGUUCUCUUACAAUUAAUAAUUCAACGAAAAAGGACGUUAAUGCUUUACUAAAUACUCUUACAUAUCGUCCAAAUGAUCACUUACGGAGAACGGAAGAAAAAGAUGAUAUCAGUUUAGAAGUUACAUAUGGUGACCACCAAGCUAAAUUAAUAAUUGAAAUUGAAAUUCCUAUUUGGCAAGAUAACGUUGAACCCUCUUUAAAAUAAGAUGGAUAAAUUUUUAUAAAUUUUUUGAGUACAAUCAAGACAAUUUUUUUUUUAUUGUAGUUUUAUGAAAAUUUUUUGUUUUUACACAGACUAUUAUUAUAAAAUUUUUAUCAGAAAAAAAAAAAGCGCGUAAAUUUGUCGCGCGUUUGGUUGAAUCACGUGAUGUACAUAUUCUCUUUAAUAAUAAAAGGAUGAAUCUUUUUAUCAUGAACAGAUAUUUAAUUCUUAUGAAAUUUAGUAAU